GCCCAAUUAAAAGUUACCUUCAAAUUUAGAUUUCGAAGAAUUCGUUUCGUCAGUCUCCUCCGGCGUUUCGAAGCAUUGGUAGCUGCGAUUCCUGGGUAAGAAAUACAUUGGAAACUUUGAAAAUCAUCGAAUUUCUUGCAGAUGGCUUUGGUUGUUAUAUGUGGCCAACCGUGUAGUGGGAAAUCAACGGCUGCAGCCGUGCUUGCCGAAGCGCUUCAAGAAGUAGAAUCUAAGCCGUCAGUCAGGAUCAUCGAUGAGUCUUCCUUUCACCUCAGUCGCAACCAACGCUACGCCGAUAUGCCGGCAGAAAAAAAUCUCAGAGGAGUACUCAGAUCCGAAGUCGAUAGGUCGUUGUCCAAAGAGAAUAUCAUCAUAGUCGAUUCUUUAAACAGCAUAAAGGGUUACAGAUACGAGUUAUGGUGUUUAGCGCGGUCAGCAGGAACUCGAUACUGCGUGCUGCAUUGCGACGUCGAAGAUUCUAUUUCCCGGAAAUGGAACAAAGAACGUGGCGAGCGAUCCGAGCCCUCUUACGAGGAUAAAAUCUUCGAAGAUCUAGUUCGGAGAUUCGAAAGGCCCAACAGAAAAAACCGUUGGGAUUCACCGUUGUUCGAGUUACGGCCGUCCAGCGACAGAAUCGAAAAGUCAUCUGCUGCUGUAGUCGACGCAGUUACGUAUCUCACAAAAAAGGUCGACUCCAAAACAAGGGACGUCAGAGUUUUACAGCCGACUAUUGCCACACAAAAUGCUCGGGUAUCAGAGGCAAACUCUCUCUAUGAAAUCGACAGAGCUACGCUCGAAGUAAUGAAUAUUAUCAUAGAAGCACAGUCCCGUGCCAUGGGAGGUCCCGUUAAUGGUGUUUCCCUCGGUCCCAGGUUACCGGGCGUCGUUUUAUCAAGACCUGUUGGUCUACCCGAGCUGCGGAAACUUAGACGAACUUUUAUCAAAUUGACCGGGCAAUCGAGCCUGAGUGGUCCGCCGCCGCCUUCGGAUGCGGAUAGCGCGAAGAGGAUGUUUGUCGACUACUUGAAUCGAGAGUUACAGAACAGUUGAAACAGUUGAGAGAAUUUCGUCAUUAUUUUGCUGCCCAAACAAGAGGUGAAAAUAUUUAUGCCGAAGAGAUGCUCUUUGGUAAGUUAGAGAGUGAAGAAAGGUAAGGCUUGUGGCGACAUUCUUAGGCUGCUGCGGUAUGUUUCUUAUUUGUGUCUUGAUUUGUAUUGUUAACAUAUGUUUUUCUGGUAAAUGCUUAAUUAUAUUUAAAUUCAAAUGUUACGAUGAAUUAACUGAAGCCAAAUUUAAAGAUGUUAUUGAUA